AUGGAAGCCGACACGGAGAAAACGCCUGGUCUGGAAUGCCAGAGAGCCGUGCUCAAGAAACUUCUUGCUUACACCCGGAAGAUCGAAAUCCGGAAUCUCAAGGUUAGUACGUUGGAAGGGUGUUAGUUUGAAUACAAUGUAGUCAUCCUAGUCCUGAACUAGACUCUAUCUCAUUUGUUCCUUGUUGUCUCGAAUCAGUACGAGCUCACAUGAUUCUCAUUCUCGUAGGAAUAGUUAGACAGAAUUAGAAAUUCGUAGUAAUGAUAAUUAUCAUAGACGGCAUGGGAGAGCAUGGUGAUGGCUGCUUUCAUCGUCAUAUUCUACUACAUAUUGCGUGCCAACGUGCGUUUCUUCGUGAACUUCGUACUCUUGAUUGAGGAGCGACUCCGCGUGAGUUCUAAUGAGAUACAAGUAGAUAAUAGCAAAAUGGUUUUCAGCGUCUGAUUCUCAGACGUGGUGUGCAGAAUACACGUGCUAACAAAGCCAAGACCCCGCCGGGCUUCAUGCCCCUUGUCGGAAAGGUCCGCGUGCACCACGAUUUGGUUCCAACGAUGACCGUUGACCAACUCAUCGAGGCUCAACUUGUUCACAUGGAGGAGCAAGAAGAAGAAGCUGUGGAGGUUGAGAGACCUGAGGAAGAGAUCCUCGAGAUGGCCGAAGACGAGGAGUUUCUGGAGGCCGUCGACUCGCACGAACCAAUUAGUAAGACUGAUGAGGAUACCAAUUUCGACAUCGACGAUCCGGACGAACCACAUCGUUCGAACCCUAUCAUCGAUGCAAUCAGGGCGCAGGCCUUGCAAGAGCAAAUUAACAUCUACAUGAACAAGGAGAAGGAGAAGGAUAAGGCGCUGAAGAAGAAAAACGAGAAAUCGUCGUUUUACGAAUUCCUGCGCAAUGUGAUGGGACUCACGCUUGAGGAAGAGGUUCCGUUCUUCUCCCGGCACUCCAAGUUCCGCAAAGCGAUCCGAGUCUCGGACAAGUGCCCCACCAACAAGUGCCGUUGCACGUGCCGUGUGCCCGCCAAACCGAAGUCGAGAAAGUAUGUCGAACAGGCAUCUGACCAAUUGAAGAUACAUUUUGUUUAGCUUCUCAAGUCCGGCGCAGAUUGCCCAAGAGUUGGAGAUCGAGGACUUUCUGGUGGCGAAAGGAGUCAUCAAGCAGGAACAAAUCGGUCGAAACUUGCUCGUCGAGUUCUAA